AUGCACGAAGGGGUUUUCACACACCCCACUGACAUAGUGCUUGCGGUUGGGAAAGCAGUAGAUGAAGUCAAGCAGGUUAAUAUGACCAGUUCACCAAAGCAUCUUAUUCGGGUGGAGGUUCAGCAUCAAUGGAAGAAACCACCUGAGGGGUGGUUUAAAGUAAAUUGCGACGCUGCCCUUGAUUUGAGGAAUGGCCGGAUCGGAUUGGGUGUUUUGGUGAGAGAUCAUGAAGGCCAGGUAAAGGCUGCAAGAAGUGUCACGAAGUCUGGUUUCCUGGAACCCACUGCUGCUGAGGCCAUGGCUUUGUUUGAAGGUGUUCGGCUUUGCAAGGAUUUGGGCAUACUUAGCAUAAUAGUGGAAGGUGAUGCUCAAGUAGUAAUCAAUGCCAUUCAGGCAAGGGACCCGACGUGCAGUAAAUUCGGCCAGCUUGUGGACGAUAUCAGGUCUCUCCUAAGGAAUUUUUCUAGAUGGCAGAUCAGCUAUGUGAGUAGGAAUGCCAAUAAUGGGGCUCACAAACUUGCUAAGGAGGCCACAAAAAUGAUCAUGGAUCGAUUUUGGAAUCUUUCAAUUCCGGACUGUAUCUCUGAUCUUGUUUCAACUGAGCUCUCUGCUCAUGUUGACUGA